AGGACGCUCCCCACUUCUCGCCAAACGUCAAAUCUCGCGAAAGCGUACGGUCGCUUGUGCUCUGUGAAAAUUAUUUUAAAAAAUCAGUUCGCGACAUUUCGUAAGCUCUCAUUAUAAACGUCAGUUAUAAAUUCCAAGUGAAAAAUAAGGACGUGUGUGUUCAGUGAUAUUUAAGAUCUUUAAAUAAUACAUGAAGAUGUCUUUCAAUACCGACAUAUCGACCAAAUUGGAGAACAGCAGGAACAGCUUGAAGAAAAUUGCGCGAAAUGACAACACUGAAUUCUCUAAACAGAGUGUCUUGAACGACAUGGAGAAGUUCGUCAAAACGGUAAACACCAUGGACGAGACGGUGCUGGUGCCAUGUCGAUUGAUGAACCUGCCACAGGAAGGUGACGAUGACCCGUUCAGCCUAUUCGCUAUGCUGAACGAUUUGAAGACUGAAUUGUUGUGGGCGGGAGAGGCAGAGGAGCAAGUAGAGCGUGGAAGGCGUAUUAGUGACAUAAGUGACACGGAGAGCGACGCUUCAAGUGCUGCCGGAGACUCUGGAAUAGACGGAGAAGACGAAAGGGAAUCCGCAGCCAGAUCCGCCGCUGCCUGUCGACGUCACCUUAGAGGACUCCGCUACUGUCUACGCAAUCUCACUGCAGCCGCAGCACACCUCACAAGAUCCUAUCAAGAAGAAGUAGGAUCACCUGUGUAGACUCAAAACGCUUUUUGCCCUGUGAUUGAAACCUCUCCCACACGUUGUACAUAUAGGUUAAGCGGCCCACUGUAAAUAUAGGUUAUAGGGCUGGGGCGUGUAUGGGGAAUCUCAGUAAGUUAUGUGGUUAUUAUUUAAAUAAACUUAAUUUUGAUUA